AUGAACCUCAGUCUCCCUGACCAGAACAUGCACAACCCCAGCGAGGGCUGCAUAGAGGAUGACAAGCCUGAUCUCAUGAUACCUUGUUUCCGCAGAAACAUGUACGACGAGUCACUGGCCUCAUACUCCAAUGGAUCCAUUAUCUCUCAGCUCCUUCGCAAGACCAUUCACAACAAGAGGGCUCUAGAUGAAAGCCAUUUCUACCUGUCCAGCUCCACCAUUGCCGACUCCGGACAGGAAGACCAAAGCAGCGUCUCCUCAAAGGACAGCACGGCUGAAGCUGCCUCCCCGAGCUGUCACCUCUCUACAGGAGCCAGCCCAGACGGUGAGCGUCCCCUGAACGACCACCUGCAGGCCAAGAGGGCCCGAGUAGAGAACAUCAUCAGGGUCAUGGCAGGCUCACCCAACAGCAGGCCACAUGGAGACAGUGAGAGGUGUGAGACAGAUGCCAGAGAGAGCAGAGAGACCAGGGAGGCAAGAGAAGCUUACAGGGAGAACAAACGCAAACAGAGGUUGCCUCAGCAUCAGGAGCACAGUGUUGGAGGCCCGGCAAACAGACGAGCUGGAUGCAGCAGCAACGGAGAUAACUGCAACACCAAGGACGAGGAGUGCCACAAGCUGAAAGAGCAGCUCCACAGCAUGCAAAGGCUCCUGCGGCAGCUCCAAGAAAAGUUCCUGCAAGUUUACAAUCAGGAAGAUCCUGAACUCGAAGACAGCGAUGAGACUGCAGACGCCGUCGAGCACGACAACUUGGGUCAAGGCACUGAGUCAUGCUACUUGAGCAAUGAAGAGGAUUUUGAGAGGAAGCAUGGCAGGGUGACUGCACAGCUUAAGGGCAGAAUGAAAGUAGAGGGGUACCUGGUGCACCAAAGAGAAAGCCAGAAUCUACAGGACGCCCUGAAGCAGGAGCUCUCCAGGGCUGUGAACGACUGUGUGGACAAGGUGUUCCAGAAGGUGUCGUCCACAGGGCUGGACCUGUCCCCUCAGCGCAUGUGCCCAUCUCCAGACAUGCAGGGGGCGGAAAGGAAGAGUCAGCAAGGAGGCUCUGCUCAGGAACAACCCCACCCUGAAGAGACCACAGCCAAAGCCCGAUCUCUGGAGUACUAUGAAAGCACUGAGGCCCAAAGUCCGCAAGACCAGACAGAGGCUCUCUCACUGGUGGUCCGCAAGCCAGCAAUGACUCCUCUGAGCUCAGUCGCCCCAACAGUGAAGAGGCCCUAUCCCUUACACCAACCGCCAUUUCAGUUCAAUUACAGCACGCCUCUCCAUGACAGCCAGAUCCUGGAGCACCUUCUCAAGUAUGGGCCCCACACCAACUUUGGGGGUCUCCCUUGCAUGCCCCCAUCCAUGGACAGGACCUCCCCUGAUUCAGUGGACUUGCCCUGGGACACCAUCACCAUGAGGUCCAAGGUGACAUCCAGCCACCUGGGUCACCACCCUCGUCCUGCCGCCCUGGGGCCCGUGACAGUGGACAACCUGUGUCUGCCUCAUGUCAAGAUGGAGUGCGGUGAACUGCAGAACAUGGCUGAGCGAAACCCCUACAUGUCUCUCAACAUUCAGGAGGGUCUCACCCCCAACCAUCUGAAGAAGGCAAAGCUCAUGUUCUUCUACACCCGCUACCCAAGCUCCAACGUACUGAAAACCUUCUUCCCUGAUGUGAAGUUCAAUCGCUGCAUCACCUCUCAGCUGAUCAAGUGGUUCAGCAACUUCAGGGAGUUCUACUACAUCCAGAUGGAGAAGUUUGCCCGCCAGGCCAUCGUUGACGGCAUCAGCGACGUCAAAGACAUUUCUGUCAGCAGGGACUCGGAGCUGUUCCGGGCACUGAACAUGCACUACAAUAAAGCCAAUGACUUCCAGGUUCCAGACAGAUUCCUGGAGGUUGCUGAAAUCACCCUACAUGAAUUUUACAACGCCAUUUCCACGGCCAAAGAUUCAGACCCGUCUUGGAAGAAGGCCAUCUACAAGGUGAUCUGUAAACUGGACAGUGAUGUCCCAGAGGAGUUCAAGACGUCUUCCUGUUUAUAGGCUGAAUUAGAGAACCAAAAAGCUGGUGAAAGGUGUUUUUUUUUUUUUUUUUUUUUUUUUAGUUAGUCACUUAACAGUAUUAUUACAUCAUUUCUUGUAGUGCAUUUUAGUGAGAUGGAAUAUAGAUGUUGGAUAAUGAAAUGAUUCUGUAAAUCUGUAAAAACAAAAACAAAAACAAAAAAAAAAUGCACACACAUUUUUUUUUUUUGAAAGUUACUAUCUAUAGUCUGAAAUUCUAUAUGUUCUGCUUUUACCGAGAAGCAGUUCUUGUCAAAUUUGAAUGCUUUCACGGUUUAUUAUAAUGUUUAGUGUCUGCUUACAUAAUCUCCCUCGACACAUUUAGAGAAUGAUUGAGUUCAUAGGUGUGCCAAAAUGUUUACAGAGGUGUAAUCAUUCUUUUCAUAUUAGGAUUAGUUUUAAUCCAUAGACAAAGAGUAGCUCGUUUUAUAUUGUUCUGCUGGAGGAGAACUGUGGCAACUAUUGUCAGUAUUAGUUUGCUAUGCUUUUAUUUCCAUUUCCUUUCCUAGCUGUGUGUUGUGUAAAUGUAUAUGUGCUGCUAAUUAUUGUUGUAUAUUGCAUAAUGUUUUGAAAUGAUGUUAUAACUUUAAACCGACUCUUUGUGUGAAAAUAAUGCAAGUGACUAUCAUGGGUUUUAUCAUCAUGUAUAAAAGC